CCAAAAACCCUAGCACUGAGAUCUCCUAUAUAAACAUAUAUAGCAGUGGUAUCAUACCCAACUCUCACGGUCUCAGUGAAACAGCGGCAGAUUACUGACCCAAAACCUCAGCCUCCAGUAGUAGACUAUGGAGCUCUGUACCACCACAUAUCAACCUCUCCCCAAUCUCCUCAUCACAAACCCUAACACCAACAACCUCCGCCCAAAACCCUCACUCCAAUUCGCACAAUCACGCCACUCUCUCAGCCUUCGCUCUCGUUUGCUUUCGAUUAGAGCUACAUCUUCUGAAGAAAGUGGGGGAAAUGCGUAUUCUGGUGAAGAGCGUGAUGGGGUGGUAUCCACUUAUGAUGUUCCACCGCCCGAAAAGAAUGUUUAUGGUCAAGCUGUGGUAGAAGAAGCACCUCAAGAGGACAGCAUUGUGAAUGGCAGUGAUGGCCAAUUGCAGAUAUCUGAGUUUUUGGAGAACUUUAAUGUAAAGUUGGACAAUGAUGAUGCAUAUGUCUAUCUACUAUACGGUAGUGGUGCCUUGGUUACCCUGUGGUUAGCAUCAGCUAUCAUAGGUGCUAUUGAUUCUAUUCCAUUGUUCCCCAAGUUGAUGGAAGUUGUGGGUCUUGGAUACACAAUCUGGUUUAGCCGUCGUUAUCUGAUAUUCAAGAAAAACAGGGAGGAGUUGGUUGCUAAAGUCCAAGUUCUUAAGCAGCAGGUUCUUGGUUCAAAUGAUGACUGAUAAUUAGGUUCCAUUUGCUGUUGUGCAAGGCGAUUAAUGUAGAGUUUUGGUUUGUCUGAACUUUAGGCGAUAUAUGUGUUGCUUUUUUGUUUUAGAAAGGUUAGAUUUUGCCCUUACAUAUCCUUGUUUUCUUCAGGCCAAAAAAAAUUAAAAUAAAGUAAAUAUUCCUUUGUUGUUC